AUGUUCACCAGGAAACUGUUACCAGUAGGCAAUGCACUCCUAGAAAAUGCUUCGCUGCCGGUCAGUAAAGCAAGCUUCACACUUCUUACUUACAACAUGCUUUCUCCGUAUUAUAUGUGGCCCCAAGUGUACACUUAUGUUCCAGAAAAAUACCAGGAUUGGUCGUAUCGGCAUCGACUGCUGGAGCGCGAGAUUCUGAACUUAUACAAAGCAGAUAUAAUGUGUCUCCAGGAAUUGACUGUUAAGGAUUACGAGGGGUUUUGGAAGCCGCACUGUAAGAAAAAAAUGAAUUAUGGAAGCAGUUAUAUUUCGAAGACCCCUCCAGAAUAUUGGAAACGUCCACACGAUGAAAUGGACGGGGUUGGUAUAUUUUACAAUUUCGACAAAUUCCAACAUCUUUCCACCACCAGCAUCUAUCUUAAUGACUUGAUGGGGCUUUUCAACAUAAGUGAGCUCAAUUAUCUGAAAAAUACGACUGUAACGCUAACAAACGGCGCGGGUGAGCAAACCGGUAAGGACAGUUUGCUGAAUGUGCUACACAGCAGAAACCAGGUAAGUUUAUUCGUGUCACUCAUGCAUAAGGAAACGAGAACGCUUUUCGUGGUGAUCAAUACGCAUCUUUAUUGGAAAUACGAUGAGGUCAAACUAUGCCAAUGUCUGACAAUCAUGCGUAAAUUGCACCGUGUUAUCAAACAACUGCUUGUUGGUAGAGACGGUGCCACGUAUUCUCGCAUCAAGAUUCUGCUCGCGGGCGAUCUCAAUUCUAGUCCGAACUCACCUGUCAUCAAAUUUCUAAAGGGAGAAAGUGUGCACCGGUCCGACUUAAGUCUCAUUAACCCGCUUCGACCAUACUUGAAUCAUUACAUAUACCAGGAUACACCCUCGGAGCUCUUCGAUCACACCUGCUACUCUGGAAAACUAAAGGGCAUUUUUGACUAUAUUUGGUAUCAUGACAAUGACUUCAGGCUUAAACGCAUUCUAAGCGGUGUCGAAAUAUCGCAGGAGCUCAAUCUAUUGAACGAAUUUGGGUUACCGAACAAAAAUCAUCCUAGCGACCACAUACCAAUUUUGACCGAAUUGGAGCUGCUAGAUUGA